AUGCCAUCACAACAGGACGAAAAGCGCCAAGCCGCGCGCGAAGUCAUUGACAUCCUCUACGAGAUCUCAACACUAUUGAAUACUCAUCUCGAUCGGACUGAAUUGUCGCUGUGUGUGUCGCUCAUCGAGAAUGGGGUGAAUCCAGAUGCUCUUGCUACUGUGAUCAAAGACCUACGGAAAGAUGCGCCUGCUCGAGGGGAUAAUGGCAUUGACGAUUGA